AUGUUUCGUAACCGAAACAACACUCAGAAGCCUGAUGAUGAGUUCAUCAGUCGCUUCCAACAAACAUUCGCAGAUAUUGUCCCUCGCCGAGCCAGUGAAGCUACGCAGCAUGCAACUCUCAACACAGAGGGCGAUCCCAUGCUCCCUUCGAAGGACAACACCGAUUCAAAAGCGGACGCCAAUGGGAUGAGACCUUUCAACGAUCGAACGCCGAGGAAUUUCCAGGAGCUGGGGUUUUCGCCAUCAUGGAUGGACCCCGCAGCGCUCCCGAUGAUGUCGCUUGCUUCCCAACAUCCCGGGAUCUAUACGCCCAAUUCUGGGGGGAUGGGCGCCAUUUUCCACAACCAAGCGGGAGAUUUGCAUACACCAACUAUGGGAUUAAACAUGAUUACUCCGCUCUCUCUUUCGAAUCCAGAUCAUCCCCCGCAAGGCCACGACGUCGAGCAGUUCAACCCACAAUUUCUCUCGUAUCAGAUGCCGGCUAUGAACCCAUUUGCGACGCAGGCAUCAUAUGCGCCAAGCGCCUUCAUGCAGCACCAGGACUCGGGCUACGAUGCCAUGGAUGAGUCUAUGAAUGAUUCAUCUGUCAACGAAGCACAAGCCGAAUUGAACACCAAUAUGGCGGCCUCUACCGAGUUGCCUAUCUCAACGGGCAUGUCAUAUGCUCGAGGUGAAAAAUUCCGCUAUAAUGUUUUAUUGAGAGCCCCGACUGCAAUGGUCAAGCAUACAAAGGAAAUCCCGGUCUCUUAUCUGAAUAAAGGCCAAGCAUAUAAUCUCACAGUAACGGAUUCAACUCCACCCAUAAUGAGCGCCGAGUCGGUUCGUUACCGGUCAUUCAUCCGGGUCUCUUUCGACGAAGAAGAGCAACGCGCCAAACCAGGCACCUGCUGGCAAUUAUGGAAGGAGGGUCGUGGUCUAAGUGAGGCGCACCACCGAGGCGGGAAAUUGGUGGCAGUCGAAUACGUGGAUCCUCUCCAAGGCGGCGGCGAGGAAUAUAAGCAUCGCCAGAUCCAGGUCGAGACUGCGUCCUUUGAUGGCUUCUGCGUCACAUGGACCGCUAAUCCGGUCACCGGCACCUCCGACUGCACCAUCCCAGUGCGGUUCAAUUUCCUUUCGACCGACUUUAGUCAUUCUAAAGGCGUGAAGGGCAUUCCCGUGAGGCUGUGUGCUAAAACCGAGAUUCUGUCUCCGGGAGACGACACAGGCGCAGCUCGUGAAUCGGAAGUGUGUUAUUGCAAAGUGAAGCUCUUCCGAGACCACGGUGCCGAGCGGAAAUUAUCUAAUGAUGUGGCACAUGUCAAGAAGACGAUUGAGAAGCUUAAACAGCAGAUCGCCCAGGCAGAAGCGGGUGGCGGUUUCGGCAAGCGAAAACGUGGCCACAAUGCUUCGACUGGGAUCAAAGGGACCGACCGCAUGAAGAUAUCAAAACACAAGCGCACAUGGUCAAUGGAUUCUCAGGAUGGCGCGCCAGAGAAGAUGUCGUUGGAGGAUGACCUCCAAGCCAAGUUGGCCAUGAUGCAAGACAUGUUCUCAUCGACUCGCACGACGAGUGUUCUCGGUCUGCGCGGCGACGCCCAAGAUGAUCCCGAUUCAUACCCGGUGCGAUUACCAAACGACAGCAGUUCCAAAGUCAAGGAUAUCAGCCGCCAGAAUACGACCGACUCCCUGUCCAUGGAGAACAUGAUCCUCUCUCCGUCUAGCAGCAAUGCGUCUCUGCAUUCUCCCGUCAAUUCGAAUUCGAAUCAACAAAAGCGCCCAGUUACUGUUCCGAAAAUUUCAACCGAUGAUUCCAAUGUGUCCACAGGGUUUAUCGAGGCGGUUGAUAUCGAUCCGACGUAUCGACCGCCGGCGGAACGCCCGCCCAAGCCGAUUGCAUGCUUCUAUGUUCGCUUUAACGGUACCGAGGAGCACCCGCAGGACUUCUACCGGGCUGUUUACCUAUCAGAACGCUCCGUGCGGGAUAUGAUGAAGAAGAUAUCCGAGAAGCGUCACAUCGACCCGGCACGCAUUGUCCGCAUCUUACGCAUCAACCACAAUGGCCUGCGGAUCAUGGUGGAUGACGACGUCGUCCGAGAGCUCCCCGAGGGCCAGGAUAUGAUUGCCGAUAUUUCCGAAGCCCACGAUCCCGAGGCCGGUGGCUCUUCUAUGGAGAUCAAACUGACUUAUUAA